AUGAAAAAGAACGACAAAUCCCUAAACCGAGUCAUCUUCUUGCGCGGCGGUAGUGUAGCCGUCCUUAUGAUACUACGACCCAAGGACGCUAGGAACGAGCGAUAUGUCAUCCUCACAGAGCAGCCGCGAAUCGGCGCAUGUAGCACUGCUUUCCUUGAGAUUCCCGCGGGCAUGCUGGACGAUAAGUCUGGCGAUGUUAUUGGGAAAGCGAUGCAGGAAAUUGAAGAAGAGACGAGUCUAAGGGUCAGGGGAGAGGAGCUGAUCGACCUGACGGCGAUGGCUCUCGAGCAGGCUGAAACCAAAGAGCAUCUGCAAAAAGCGUUGUACAUGAGCCCUGCAAAUCUUGACGAAUAUAUCCCGUUGCUGUUGUGGGAGAAAGACCUGGACCGGAAGGAGAUCGAGGCCUUGAAGGGCAAGUUGACUGGCGAACGCGCCAAGGACGAACUGAUCACUUUGCGCGUACGCGAUUACGAAGUGCUUUGGAAAGAAGGUGCAAGAGAUGCUAAGACGCUUGCUGCUUGGGCCCUGUAUGAAGGAUUGAACAGGGCUGGAAAGAUUGAAAAGCGAUUACAAGAAAUCCGUAUAGGUCGCACGCAGAGAUGA